AUGCCUUCUACACACAACAAAGACAAGCCCUGGGAUACUCCAGACAUUGACAAGUGGAAGAUCGAUGAGUUCACCGAGGCAGACAAUGCGCUGGGUUUGCCAUUUGCCGAAGAAUCCUCCUUCAUGACCCUCUUCCCUAAAUACAGAGAAAACUAUCUUCGGUCGAUCUGGCCAGACUUGACCCAGGCUUUGGAAAAGCAUCAAAUUGCUUGUCAACUUGAUCUUGUUGAUGGUGCUAUGACUGUCAGCACGACAAGAAAAACUUUUGACCCAGCUAUCAUUUUGAAGGCCAGAGACCUUAUAAAGCUUUUGGCCCGUUCUGUUCCAUACCCACAAGCUGUGAAAAUCUUGCAAGACGACAUCGCAUGCGAUGUUAUCAAGAUCGGUAACUUUGUGCUGAAUAAGGAAAGAUUUGUUAAGAGAAGACAGCGUUUGGUUGGACCAAAUGGUAACACACUUAAGGCAUUGGAACUUUUAACGAAAUGUUAUAUCUUGGUGCAGGGUAACACCGUCAGUGCUAUGGGACCUUUCAAGGGCUUGAAGGACGUUCGUAGAGUCGUCGAAGAUUGCAUGAAGAAUGUUCAUCCUAUUUAUCACAUCAAGGAGCUCAUGAUCAAGCAAGAGCUAGCUAAGAACCCUGAAUUGGCCAACGAGGAUUGGUCUCGUUUCUUGCCUAUGUUCAAGAAGCGUAAUGUUGCAAGAAAGAAGGCUGAGAACACCGACAAGAAGAAGAAGGUUUACACUCCAUUCCCACCAGCACAGACUCCAAGAAAGGUUGAUUUGCAGAUCGAGAGUGGUGAGUACUUCUUGGGUAAGAAGGAGAAGUACUUGCGUGACCUUCAAGAGAAGCGUGCUAAGCAAGAGGAAGUUACUGAGCAAAGAAGAGUUGAGAGAAACCAGGUCUUCGAAGCUCCUGAAGAGGCUGAGUAUGAGAACAAGUUGGUUGGCGAGAAGCGUAAGAGAAAUGACGAUGACGAUUCAGAAGAGAAAAAGCUGAAGAAGGAAAAGAAAGACAAGAAAGAAAAGAAGGAAAAGAAGGAGAAGAAAGAAAAGAAGGAAAAAAAGGAGAAGAAAGAUAAGAAAGAAAAGAAGGAGAAGAAGUCGAAACACGAUGACGACGAGUAA